UAUUUCAUAGGCUGAUGACGCCAAGCACCUGCCGCCCCCUCCCGGAGAGCCUGGAGACCCCGAACCACAGGACCAGCAUGGGAGCCCCACCUUGGAAGCUGCCAGUCCCAGGGCACUGGGGUGGGCUGAGGCCGACCAUGCCCAGCCUGCUGCUGCUGUUCACUGUGGCUCUGCUCUCCAGCUGGGCCCAGCUGCUGACAGAAGCCAGCUCCUGGUGGUCGUUAGCUAUGAAUCCAGUGCACAGGCCCGAGAUGUUCAUCAUUGGCGCUCAGCCUGUGUGCAGUCAGCUGCCUGGGCUCUCCCCUGGCCAGAGAAAGCUGUGCCAACUGUACCAAGAACACAUGGUCUACAUUGCGGAGGGCGCCAAGACGGGCAUCAGGGAGUGCCAACACCAAUUCCGGCAGAGGCGGUGGAACUGCAGCACUGUGAACAACACGUCUGUCUUCGGCAGAGUCAUGCAGAUAGGCAGCCGCGAGACCGCUUUCACGUAUGCCGUGAGUGCUGCCGGUGUGGUCAAUGCCAUCAGCCGGGCUUGCCGCGAGGGUGAGCUCUCCACGUGUGGGUGCAGCCGGACAGCACGGCCCAAGGACCUGCCCCGGGACUGGCUGUGGGGUGGCUGUGGGGACAAUGUGGAGUACGGCUACCGCUUUGCCAAGGAGUUUGUGGAUGCCCGGGAGCGGGAGAAGAACUAUGCCAAGGGGUCAGAGGAGCAGGGCCGUGUGCUCAUGAACCUGCAGAACAAUGAAGCAGGUCGAAGGGCUGUGUAUAAGACGGCCGAUGUCGCCUGCAAAUGCCAUGGUGUCUCAGGGUCCUGCAGCCUGAAGACCUGCUGGCUCCAGCUGGCCGAAUUCCGCAAGGUGGGAGACCAGCUGAAGGAGAAGUACGACAGCGCGGCCGCUGUGCGCAUCACCCGCAAGGGCAAGCUGGAGCUGGUCAACAGCCGCUUCAACCCGCCCACCCCGGAGGACCUGGUCUACGUGGACCCCAGCCCAGACUACUGCCUGCGCAAUGAGACCACGGGUUCCCUGGGCACCCAGGGCCGCCUGUGCAACAAGACCUCGGAGGGCAUGGACGGCUGUGAGCUCAUGUGCUGUGGCCGUGGCUACGACCAGUUCAAGAGCGUCCAGGUGGAGCGCUGCCACUGUCGGUUCCACUGGUGCUGCUUCGUCAAGUGCAAAAAGUGCACUGAGAUCGUUGACCAGUACAUCUGUAAAUAGCCGGAGAGGCUCCGCGCCUGACGCUGUCCUUCGCUCCGCCUCAGAAGAGUAUAUUAUAUAAAUCUAUAUAAAUAUAUUUUAUAUUUGUAUAAAUAAAUGGAUAGGUAAAAUAAUCCAGAGAAGAAAAUGGAAAGGCAAGCUUAUUUAAGAGAACUUGGCCACCUUGGAGGGCUGGGCUUUGCGGUCCUCUGCUUCCGGGGGCAGGAGAAGGCUUCUGUUUCCCUCCCUCUGGAGAGGACUCUCAGAAUGAAGUACUUGGAAAUGCCUCUUGUCUAUCCACCGCCACCUCGAGGAGCGAGGAAGUGGCCGGGUGGAGGAGACAGACGAUUUUGCCUGUAAGUUGGGAGGCCUUGCUGGGUUGACCUCACCCACAAAGCCGAGAGACUCUGUGGAAGGCAGAGGGCCGCAGCCUCACCCUGGUGGCUUCAGGGUCCAGCCCAGCUCACAGCUUGGCUCAGUAAGGAGAUCAGUGCUUUCCUACUGUGUCACUCGGGUGCACGUUCGCAGAGCCCACGCUGGCAGGAACAGCUUCUUCCCAGCAUGAGGAGAGGGAGAGGGCGGAUGUCACCCUAACCUGGUGACUCCCAGGCUGAUUUCCAGUGAGAACCUUUCCACGGUGCAUAGCUCCUGCACCAAGCACAAAAGGGAUCAACAUGACCUGCUGUGACCAGGGAGGUGUGAGCUGGGUGUUUGUGCCUGGGCUGCAGGAACUUGGGUGCAACACCAACUGGGUGGCUGUCGCACUAUCCUCUCCCACCGGGAGAGGACACUGCUGCUGUUGCUGCUGCUUUAUCUGGCAAGAGAGGCCUCACAGACUAUAGACGUCGCUGGGUCAGAGAGCCUGGCGUGCUCUCUUCAUCUCAUCCAGAUGUACAGCUGCCCUCCAUAUUAA